UAUUAUGUCCUAUGACGUCACGUCCCUGAACCGCAUUUUGAACAGCCGUGUUGCGCGAGGGCUACCGCAAAUAUUGCACGAUUUUAACUAGGCCUAUAUAAUAGUUUCAGAAAUGUUUCGAUGUUUUGACGUUUUAACAUCCCUGCAGGCAUGUCUCGUGGCUGUGCAGACAUGCGUGAAUCUGCGAAAUGAAGAGAAAAGAUCCUGCAAUAAUCAGCAGCAUGCUCGAAUUGAGCGCGAGCCGCACGUGCACAGAGUCCUCAUACUGGGUACUCCAGAGAGCGGCAAAAGCACAUUAAUCAAACAGAUGAAGAUCAUCUACAGCCAUGGCUUUACAAAACAAGAACUCAUCAGCUUCAAGCCUGCUGUGUUGGAUAACCUGCUGACGAGUAUGAAGUUUGUGCUGCAUGGUAUGGGAAUGCUGCGCAUUAAUUUGUCAAACAAAAAAAACAAGGCUCAUGCACGUGCCAUCUUGUCAUGUAAGUGUUGUGUAGGAGAGGAUAUGGAGCUGCUGCCAUUUGUGGCUCAUUCAUUCUGCAGUCUGUGGGGGGAUCUGGGUAUGAGGGCGGCAGUGGCCAGAGGCCACGAGUUCCAGCUCAAUGAUUCUGCACUAUACUUUUUUGAGAACAUAAGUCGCAUCAUCGCACCAAACUACAUCCCAACUAAAACCGAUGUCCUCAGAGUGCGAGUAAGGACUCGUGGUGUCAUCGAAACCCAGUUCAGAGUCAACAACUCGCUGUACAGGCUAUAUGAUGUGGGUGGUCAUUGUUCAGAAAGAAAGAAGUGGUACAGUUAUUUUGACAAUGUCCAGGCAGUUCUGUUUAUGGUGGCUCUUAGUGGGUAUGAUCAAAACCUCGAUGAAAAUCAUUCGAAGAACCGUCUCCAUGAAAGCCUGGAGUACUUCAGAUCCACAUGUAACAGUGUGUUUUUCAGAGGAGCUUCUCUGGUUUUAUUCAUGAACAAAAUUGAUCUGUUUGCUGAGAAAAUACUGUAUUCUGGGAGACAUCUGCGACUUUAUCAGCCAGACUUCAAAGGGUCUGACUGUGAUGUGAGUUGUGCUGCUCAAUAUGUGACUGACCAGUUUGUGGCAUGUGCUACCACCUCAGGCAAGAUGGUAUACUCUCACUUCACCAAUGCCACAGACCCCUCCAGCGUACAGGACGCCUUCCAGCUCACCAUGAGCACUAUUGUUAAACAUAACCUUCAAACAAUCUCACUUCUCUAAUUUAUUUUUUAAAUUCCUGUUUUUUUUUAUUUUUGUCUGCUGUUUCUGUGUCCAUUUUGAACAAAAUUGCUUAUUUUUAAUGGAUCUUGAAAUCCAUAUAUAAAUGCAAUAAAUAUUUAUGUCUUAAUUAUGGGCAUCUUUAAUUUGUUACC